CAAGCAGUAAAGGCCUUGCUGGAAACGAAAUUGGGAAAAACGUCGAUUGGUGUCGAUUUGAAUAUUUUCCCACUCAACAAGUUCCCAACAUCCGCACAGGUUUCCUCAAUGGAAGUUGUCGGGUGUUGCCGGUGACAGACACGCUCCGCCCCGCCACAGCCGUGAGAGGAUGUCGGGAGUGGGAACCGUCCGGAGGGGUCGCUUAGUGGUGGGCUUCUAGUCGGGUGUUAACACUGGUAGUUUACUUCCAGCUGCUCGUCCCCCACUUCACAUUUUUAUUUUGUAUUUUUUACCCGGUUUGUCUUCGCUAUGGUCCCACGGAAGUGGCGCCUCGUUCGGCUUCGAAAGCCCAACAUCACGCGCACUCUUCGGCUUUGGAGGAAGAAGUAACGGCGCUGCGGGACAUUGUUGACUGGAUGCAUCCUUCUGGAGCGCGGCUGCUGCUUCCCAAUAUAAAUAUAUAUAUAUAUAUUUUUUUUUACUUUCCGCACUUUUUACUUUCCUCUCCUCGACUAUCUCUACAAGUCUUCCACACAUAUAUGGACGUGGAAUAAUAUUUUACAAAUAUCGAAUAUUUGAUGAAACUUGGUUACAAGUUGCUAUGGGCUAACCCAGCUAGCAUCUUCGAAUCCCAAACAACAAGAGGACCGUUUACCGGCUUUCAAACCAAACACCUGUCAGCUCUGCUUCUGGAGCCUCACCUUGGCUGGGAGUGUUUUUACAAUUGGAUUCUCCCUUGGCCCAACUAACACCUGAAUAUCUUCAGACUGCACGACAACCCACAACCUUGCCUGUCUUUACUUUUUGUGUCUGCUUGCUUGCUGAUCCUGCUGUUGUGAGUCCACGCUCAUUCAUGUUUCCGUCGGCAUCUAAUGGAAGGUAAAGCAUUGACCAUGGUUUCAAGACUGCCCAAGUUUGGUGGGCGCUCUGCGAGUGGUGGUGCUGGACCCUUGUCCAAUGGUUCAUCUACCCAGGAUCCCAAGACUGCUCCUGCUGGAACACGUCCAAAUGGUGCAAUUCGAACCUCUCCUUUUUCCUUGAAAUGGAGGAGAGAUGAAGGGACAGUUCCCUCCAGCCUUACCACUCCUACCAGCCCUGGAGAAGGAGGCAAGGACAAGUCAAGACAACUUCCCUCAUUGGCAAAGGAGGGAAAGAGUGCCUCCCCAGGGACGCCUAUAAUGCGGCGGUCGGGUGCAUUGGUGGUGGCUGCCUCAAGCCCCAAGGCCACCCCGAAGCAGUCCUUAAAAUUGGCUCCCAAAGACAGCAUCAAGCUGGGUCAAAGCUCUCUCAACGGAGCACCUAAAACAGACCACAGUGACAAAGAGUCCUCCCGCCUUGUACGGCCCAAGUUAUCCUCCGGCUCGCUAAGAAGCAGCUCCCAAGACCGCCUUUCCCAGUCCAACGAAAGCCUGAAGUCCCUGGAACUGGACAAGAUGGUGCGCUCAAACAGCUUCACGCAUUUCAAGCAGAUUCCAUCUCCCAACAGUCAGCCUAUGAUACGUUCCUUCUCCUUUAACCGGGCUGUGGAACUGGCCAAACCUUUAGCCAACACUCAACUUCGACCACCUCGGAGUAGUUUCCUCAAACCCCCUCAGCUUAGCAAUGGACGAUUAAGUUUAGGAUUCGGGACUCUGCGUGUUGGAAAUGGAGGGUCAGGAUCUUCUGGUGGUGGGACUGGAGGUGUUCAGUACAGCAGAACACCGCAAGCUGCCUCCUCACUACCUACAGCUUCAGCUCCCACCACUCCCAGUGCUUUGAAAAAGCCGCUGCUCUCCACUUGUGGUUUUAACAAGUUAUUGGGAAAUAGUGGAUCUUUGGGCAUCAGGCAGCCAAAACCUGCACAGGACAAGGAGCAAAAGACUAUACUUCCAGGCUGGGUUAAAGGAGUCGUCAAACCUUCAGCUGUCCCUCCAUGUGGAGCUGCUGAACCCAUAGAAAAGGUUGAAGAAGCAGACUGUCACAAUAACUUUGUUCAAAGUCCUACUGAUGGAGGAGAAAACGAAGAAAGCGGUGUACUUCGGCAAAGCUCAUAUGAGGCAGUCGGGGAUGGUCAGGAAGACAUGUCUUUGUCUUCUGCUUCAUCCCAGGAGAGAGGGAACACCAGCGAAGAAUUUCUAGAUGACUUGGACAGUGUAGGGGAUGUGUUCAGUGAUGGGGACCCUCAUGACAACAAGAAGAUAAAUAGCUUUCUCAAUGAGACCAGUGACUGGGAUCUGGCAGGCCACAAUGACGAAAGCCCUAUGCAAGACUCUCGGGGAGCACUUGUGAAGUCUCCGGAGGAAGGUGAUGUCUGCCAGGCGUCAUCUUUAGAGCUGUCACCCUCCAACAGCUCUGGGGGAACCUACAUGUGGGACGAAGAAGGUCUUGAACCACUUGGAGGGCCCAGGACAUAUCCAUGCGAUCUUUACGACGACCUCAACAGCAUAGAUAUCCUGAACACCCUGCACGGCCCAGGGGCGGAAGAGGUGAAUGAUGAUGACCUCAUGCUGGAUGUAGACCUCCCAGACGAUGGUUUGCAUGACUUGGACAGAAUGUCCAACGGUGAAAGUGCACCCCGUCGACAGGGACAACGGCGUGGGCAUCACCGCUGGAACAGACCCGACCACUUCCCCAAUGACGGCAGGGCACCGUUCUUCCAUCACUACGACGGCCUCAAGUCUUCGAGGAUGUCUUUACAGGCCGUUCCCUCCGAAACCAGGCGACAUGGCAACGCACCCGUACCCGAUGAGCUCUCGCUGGACCAUAUGAGCCAGGACUGUAGCUCGGUCAAGAACCAGCUGCUCAGGCUGAAAAACCUACUGCAGCUCGAGGAUACGGACUCGCCAGCAGAUGUUGAGGGGGAGAUUGAAAGCAAUACCAAUACUGCAUCCCAGUUUGAGGAGCUGCUGCAGGAGAUGCACAUUCUCCGAGAAGAACUUAGGAGUCGAGACAAGACCAUUGUUCAGCUCACUCUGAAGUGUCAGCAGAAUCAGCGGGAACAAAUGCUCGCUCAAGAACGUCAGGUGCGGUGCCAGUGUCAGCAGCAGAGGGCGCCCUCGCUACUGCGACAGCCGGGGGACAAGCGACUGCAGCGCCUGUGUGACAAGGCCACCCAGACCCACUGGAGACCCUCCAGCCACUCUCUUCAAAUACCUUUCAACCUCAACGAGCGUUUCCACCCGGGAAGACCAGUAAAAGCUCUCCCCACCGAGGGCCGCAGUGACCAGACGAGAGGUGCGAGGGCCUCCGUUGAUGCCGACGCUCCUCUUGAUGGCCUCGCGUCAAAUGUGUCAGCCCCAGCGGACCCGUCGGAGCUGAGUCAUCCCCGCACUAUUCAGUGUUCAAGCUCAGGGGUCCAGUGUGAGCGGCAGGGCCCCGCGGCUAUGUCGCACGAUUCGGUCGCUCCCGCGUCCGCUUAUCGCGAAGGCGCGUCACGUCCUGCUACCAAGCCGCUCAGACAGUUGUCCUCCUUGAAGCCUUUGGCCAGCAGGAGUAGGCAGCUGCCCCCUCCGUCCAGAGGCCUUCCUUGCUUUAACAACGGCCCCCGGCAGCAAAUCCCCAGCGUGUGUCGCACCUCCCCGCUUCAACCUCACAGGAUCUCUGAGCCCCACGCUGUUCCUCACGGCGGCGUAAACUCAGAAAACUCCGACCGGGGAUCGCUCAAGGAGCCGGCCAAGAUGAUCGCCGCUUCGGGUCGCUCGUGUCUCCCCAAGCCAAAGAUUCCCUGAGGAGCGUCGUCCCACACAUCAAACCAAAAUAGAAGCGGCUGCAACACUGUUGACGACUUGCAGCUGCCUAUUUAGACUAUGUAGCAAGAUGAACAACACGACUCCACAGGCUGUAAGUCUGUAUACAUGUCACUUUUAUCAGCGUUGAGCACAGGGGUGGGCAAAGUAUGGCUUUGUUUUUUAAUAUAUUGUCAAUGUAUUUAUUCAUUUUUUUAAUUCAUUUAUCUCAUUAAAUAAUUGGUUAAUUAUGUUGUAAAUAUGAAAAAAGUCUCAGUAAAAUAAAAAAAAUACAAAUACAUAUGUAUUUAUUUAGUUAUAUAUAUAUGUUAAUUAAUUAUUAAAUUACAGUAUUUGAAGGGGAUAGGGACAAGCCCUUCCUGAAACAGUGAAAAACACAAUAGACACCCCCUGUAAAAAUCUUUACAAUUGACUAUAUCAAUAGUUAAAAUCAUAAAUAUAGCACAAACUUUGAUUCCGAAACACUUUAAUAGCGAUGUAUCACUUCAACAUACUUUCUUGACACAAAUGAAAUUAGCCAGGGCUUCGGCGGCAUCUUAUGGAAUUUAGGAGCGUUAUGGAAAGAGUGCAAAAAUUAAAAUGGGUGAGUUUUUCAGUGAAUAGCUGAGGAUAGUUUUCACAGAAAAAAAACCCACAACUGGGUACAUUUUGAGACUAGAGAACAGAGAAUAGCCAGGGUUAACUGUAUUAAUAAAUCUGCCUGUUUUAAAAAUUUAAUGUGGCCCUGCAGCACAAAGGUUUGCCCAUCUCUGGUUUAGCAGGUGCUAUUGUCCAAUUUGCAGAAGUCACUUUCAGUCCCUUCUGCUGUCUCACUUAGUUGCUUAGUUCACAGCGAAACAAGAUUGCUUGCCGUCACACGGCCGUGCCCGCCGAUCCACGGCGGCGCACGGUCGUAAAGACUGCACAGAUGCGACCUUUCCAGUGUAGCUGAAGGGCCCUAGGAGGUGGAGCAUGAAGGCUAAAAACAAGUUGUGCUAGAGAAAGUGAGUCAUGGCAGAAAAGGUGGAUUAGGUGUGAGACAAAGCUGUCUUGCAAAAAGAACUAAUGUGUGUCUGCACCAGUGUGUGCGCCGAGUGGAAGACAGCAGCACUAUAAAGUCACUAAUGAGAUCCAAUACAAGACCUGUUCGGCGUUACAAAGACAUCCAUCCAUCCAUUUUGUAUAGCACUCGUCCUCAUUUGAUGGCGUGUGAGCUGGAGUCUAUCCCAGCUGACACCCUGGACUGGUUGCCAGUCAAUCGCAGGACACAAACAACCAUUCACACCCACAUUCACACCAAUAGAAAGCUGUUUCAGUUUUUAUUCAUUGUCCUUGAUAUCCAUUUUAAGAUCCAUGUACUAGUCUAGUCAUAAAGUACAGGAAGGCAGUAGUGGUUUUCCACUGCUGCCUUCCACUACUGUAUGAACUUAACUACAACCCCAAUUCCAAUGAAGUUGACACGUUGUGUUAAACAUAAAUAAAAACAGAAUACAAUGAUUUGCAAAUAAUGUUUGACCUAUAUUUAAUUGAAUACACUACAAAGACAAGAUAUUUCAUGUUCAAACUGAUCAACUUUAUUGUUUUUAGCAAAUAAUCAUUAACUUAGAAUUUUAUGCCAGCAACACGUUCCAAAAAAGCUGGGACAGGGUCAUGUUUGCCAGUGUGUGACAUCACCUUUUCUUUUAACAACAUUCAAUAAAUGUUUGGGAACUGAGGACACUAAUUGUUGAAGCUUUUUAGGUGGAAUUCUUCCCCAUUCUUGCCUGAUGUACAGCUUCAACUGUUCAACAGUCCGGGGUCUCCAUUGUCGUAUUUUACGCUUAAUAAUGCGCCACACAUUUUCAAUGGGAGACAGGUCUGGACUGCAGGCAGGCCAGUCUAGUACCUGCACUCUUUUACUACGAAGCCACGCAGUUGUAACACAUGCAGAAUGUGCUUUGACAUUGUCUUGCUGAAAUAAGCAGGGGCGUCCAUCAAAAAGACGUUGCUUGGAUGGCAGCAUAUGUUUCUCCAAAUCCUGUAUGUACCUUUCAGCAUUAAAGGUGCCUUCACAGAUGUGUAAGUUACCCAUGCCAUUGGCACUAACACAGCCCCAUACCAUCACAGAUGCUGGCUUUUGAACUUUGCGUCCAUAACAGUCCGGAUGGUUCUUUUCCUCUUUGGCCUGGAGGACACGACUUCCACAAUUUCCAAAAACAAUUUGAAAUGUGGACUCGGCGGACCACAGAACACUUUCCCACUUUUCAUCAGUCCAUCUCAGAUGAGCUCGGGCCCAGAGAAGCCAGAGAAGCUGGCGGCGUUUCUGGGUGUUGUUGAUAAAUGGCUUUUGCUUUGCAUAGUAGAGUUUCAAGUUGCACUUACGGAUGUAGCGCCGAACUGUAUUUACUGACAUUGGUUUUCUGAAGUGUUCCUGAGCCCAUGUGGUGAUAUCCUUUAAACACUGAUGUCGGUUUUUGAUGCAGUGCCGCCUGAGGGAUCGAAGGUCACAGGCAUUCAAUGUUGGUUUUCGGCCUUGCCGCUUACAUGCAGUGAUUUCUCCAGAUUCUCUGAACCUUUUGAUGAUGAUAUGGACCGUAGAUGAUGAAAUCCCUUAAUUCCUUGCAAUUGUACGUUGAGGAACAUUGUCCUUAAACUGUUCGAUUAUUUUCUCACGCACUUGUCCACAAAGAGGUGAACCUCACCCCAUCUUUGCUUGUGCAAUUCAGGGAAGCUCCUCUUAUACCCAAUCAUGGCACCCACCUGUUCCCAAUUAGACUGUUCACCUGUGGAAUGUUCCGAACAGGUGUUUGAUGAGCAUUCCUCAACUUUCUCAGUCUUUUUUUUGCCACCUGUCCCAGCUUUUUUGGAAUGUGUUGCAGCCAUACAAUUCUAAGUUAAUGAUUAUUUGCUAAAAACAAUAAAUGUUAUCGUUUUUUUUUCUUGUCUUUGUAGUGUAUUCAAUUAAAUAUAGGUUGAACAUGAUUUGCAAACCAUUGUAUUCUGUUUUUAUUAUGUUUUAACACAACGUCCCAACUUCAUUGGAAUUGGGGUUGUAGUAUGACCCAAUCAUUCUAUUAGUGCGGCCUAGUCGUUCUCCUAGCAUGCUGAAUUAUUUUACUAGUGAGGACAACGAGCGUACUACUAUGUGAACCUUAAGCUGGAUAUCAAGGUUAAUGAAUAAAUGCUCAAACACGUUUCCAUAAGUACCCCCCCUCUCGCCCAGUCAUUCGAGUGUGCAGAUGUGCCUAAUAUUUCGGGUUGGUAGUGUUGUGACAAACAGUUUACAAAUGAGUAAUUUGUAAAAAAAUCAGCUAUCAAGGCUUCAUUAUGGUGUUUGCCUCUUUCACUCUGCUCCAUCUGUAGACGAGAAUCGAGGUGUUUAUAUGGCCUUUAUAUUAAAAAUAGAAAUCUUCCCUUUUUCCUUUUUUCUGGCCUGUCAAACGCUCCCUAGCACGUCCCCGCAUGGCGGGCAGCGGUGUGUUAUGAAGUUCCACUGACACGGACUCUGCUCUCUUCACUGUCGGGGCCGUGUGACCGCUCGCCUCUGUAGGCCUCUGGCUGGGACCGCUCGACUGUGUCCCCUCCACACAGACACAAAAACAUACAGGCCCUAUGGCACAACUGGAACGGACAUGAAAGCAACACACACAUGUACAAAAACCGCAACAGACGCUUACAGUGGAACCUCUGACGUCGAACAUGACCUGUUUGAACUGCCACCAUUAAAAAACAAACCAAAAAAAACUAGUCGCUGGUCCAUUGCGGGGCACAUAUAGACAAACAACCAUUCACACGAGGGGUUGAACGACUACAGAUUUUUGUUCAGUCGACGCUGAGGUGAUGUUAGUCGAGUCGACGUCGACUCAUCGAAGACGUCAUUGAUAUCUUUUCAGUUGUCAACGAUUAUCCACGCAAUUGUUUGCCUUAUGCCAAAAGUAACUGGAGCCCACUCUCCCUGCGGUGCCUGGUUACACUCGCCCCACUCGGUCACAUUCAGACACUCAUGCAAUCACAUUCAGACUCCUUUGUGGCCUUGCAGACUGUCGUAACUUAUAGAGAGCUAAAACAAAUGUACGUAGCACAACUGCAGGGUCAUUGCUUGCUACUGUACUAUAAUAAAAAAUUUAAAAAAAAUCACAGGAGAAGGGAAUUUCUUGCAAUAAUAUUAGCGAUCCUACAAUUGUGAUACGGUCAUUGUUAGAGUUUUGUGAUAGUGUGAUUUGUGAUUGGAUGACUGAGCCGGGGGAGUAGAAUGAAGAGGAGCGUGGUAUCGUGUCCGUGGGAUGAAGGCUAACGCUUGGGCGGAAGAAGUUGGAUGUUUUUGACAGUAACCGUUUAUUUUCACAAUAAAGAGGUUGUUGAUCGACCA